GAAAGGCGAAACCCACACCACCUACAUCAUCAUGUCAAUGUUCGGCAAUGAUGAAAUAUCGGCUAUUGUAAUCGACAACGGUUCUGGUAUGACCAAGGCGGGAUUCGCCGGAGAUGACGCACCUCGCGCCGUAUUCCCAGCCGUGGUGGGACGGCCUCGUCAUGAGGUAAUGAUGGCUGGAAUGGGAAAGAAAGACAGCUACAUCGGAGACGAAGCCCAGGGCAGACGAGGGAUCCUGACUCUCAAGUAUCCCAUUGAACAUGGUAUCGUCACCAACUGGGACGAUAUGGAAAAGAUCUGGCACCACACCUUCUACAAUGAGUUGCGUGUGGCUCCAGAGGAGAAACCUGUCUUGCUGACUGAGGCACCUCUGAACCCAAAAGCCAACAGAGAAAAGAUGACACAGAUAAUGUUCGAGACCUUCAACGUUCCGGCGAUGUACGUGAGCAUCCAGGCCGUCCUGUCCCUCUACUCGUCCGGCCGGACCACUGGAAUCGUCUUUGAUUCUGGUGACGGUGUUUCACACGUUGUGCCGAUCUACGAGGGUUACUCGCUACCUCAUGCAAUCCAGAGAAUCGACUUGGCCGGUCGAGACCUCACUGACUACCUCAUGAAGAUUCUGACGGAGCGAGGGUACUCCUUCUCCACCACAGCUGAGCGGGAGAUUGUCCGUGACAUCAAGCAGAAGCUUUGCUACUCAGCUCUCGACUUCGACCAGGAGAUGAUCAGUUCACAGAAUAGCUCAAGCCUGGAGAAAAGCUACGAGCUACCUGAUGGUCAAGUUAUCACCAUCGGCAGUGAGAGGUUCCGAUGCCCAGAGGUGCUGUUCCAACCUUCCUUUAUUGGCAUGGAGUCAACGGGUGUCCACGAGGCAGUCUUCAACAGCAUCCAGAAAUGUGACAUGGACAUCCGCAGGGACUUGUUCAGUAACUUGGUAAUGUCUGGGGGAUCCACCAUGUUCCCAGGCAUGGCUGACCGGAUGAAUAAGGAGGUGACCUCCCUUGCUCCUGCCUCUGUGAAGGUGAAGACCAUAGCACCUCCUGAGAGGAAGUACUCGGUGUGGAUGGGUGGAUCCAUCUUGGCUUCUCUGUCGACGUUCACUCAGAUGUGGAUCAACAAACAGGAAUAUGACGAGUGUGGUCCCUCAAUCGUCCACCGAAAGUGUUUCUAA